AGUGAAGCCGGCCGCGGCGAGUGAGUGCACGGAGCCUGAGGAGUCGCCGCGCCCCGUAGACGCCCCGGCCGGUCCCCGCCUUGCGUGUUGGGCCCCGCCGGGAUGGGGAGUCGCCGAGGCCUGGGCCAGCCGCGGGCGGGCCUCUGCCUGCUCCUGGCUUUGCUGCAGCUUCUGCUCCGGACUCAGGCCGCAGGCCCUGUGGAUGUGCUGAAGGCCCUGGGCGUGCAAGGGGGCCAGGCUGGGGUGCUUGAGGGGCCUGGCCUCUGCCCCCAGAGGGCCCCAGAGGGUGACCGGGCAUUCAGGGUUGGCAAGGCCAGCACACUUGGCAUCCCCACGUGGGAGCUCUUUCCAGAUGGGCACUUCCCUGAGAACUUUUCCAUGCUGAUCACUCUGCGGGGCCAGCCAGCCAACCAGUCUGUCCUUCUAUCCAUUUAUGAUGAGGGUGGUACUCGGCAGCUGGGCCUGGCUCUGGGGCCAGCUCUGGGCCUCCUAGGUGACUCCUUCAGCCCCCUCCCCCAGCAAGUCAACCUCAUGGAUGGCAGGUGGCACCGUGUGGCAGUCAGUGUGGAUGGCAGGAUGGUGACUCUGGUGGCUGACUGUGAGCCUCAGCCCCCCACGCUGGGCCAUGGGCCUCGAUUCAUUAGCACAGCUGGACUCACUGUGUUGGGGACCCAGGACCUCGGGGAGGAGACUUUUGAGGGAGAUAUUCAGGAGUUGCUGAUAAGCCCAGAUCCUCAGGCUGCCUUCCAGGCCUGUGAGCGAUACCUUCCCGGCUGUGACAACCUGGACCCUAUAACCACAGGGGUGCCCCAGGGUGAGCCAGAAACUCCUCCCCCUCGACGGAAGGGGAAGGGAAAAGGGAAGAAAAAAGGGCGAGGUCGUAAGGGGAAGGGGAGGAAGAAGAAGAACAAGGAAAUUUGGACCCCAAGUCCACCUCCUGGCUCCCUGGAGAACCAGACCUCCACCGACAUCCCCAAAACAGAGACACCAGCUUCAACUCUGUCUCCGACUCCCACACCUUUGGUCAUUACCACCACUGUGACCACGGGCCACAAUGUCACCAUGCUAGAGGGGGGCCUGGACCCUGACAAUGGACCCGAACUAAGGACCCUGGAGACUAAGUUAGCCGAAGAGGACAAAGAAGGAGGUGGCCCCACCAUGGGCCCUGACUUCCGGGCAGCAGAACUGCCAUCGCAGACUCAGUUCCAGAUCUUUCCUGGUGCUGGAGAGAAGGGAGCAAAAGGAGAACCAGCAGUGAUUGAACAGGGACAGCAGUUUGAGGGACCUCCAGGAGCCCCAGGACCUCGAGGGGUGGUUGGCCCCUCAGGUCCUCCUGGCCCCCCAGGAUUCCCUGGAGACCCUGGUCUACCGGGUCCUGCUGGCCUCCCAGGAAUCCCUGGCAUCGAUGGGAUCCGGGGUCUACCAGGCACUGUGAUCAUGAUGCCGUUCCAGUUUGUAAGCAGCUCCCUCAAAGGACCCCCAGUCUCCUUCCAGCAAGCCCAGGCUCAGGCAGUACUGCAACAGACUCAGCUGUCUAUGAAAGGUCCCCCUGGCCCAGUAGGGCUCACUGGGCGCCCAGGCCCUGUGGGUCUCCCUGGGUAUCCGGGUCAGAAAGGAGAGAUGGGAGAAAUGGGGCCACAGGGUCCCCGAGGCCUUCAGGGACCUCUUGGGCCCCCUGGCCGGGAGGGAAAGAUGGGCCGCUCUGGAGCAGAUGGGGCUCGGGGCCUCCCAGGAGACACAGGACCUAAGGGUGAUCGGGGUUUUGAUGGCUUGCCAGGGCUACCUGGAGAGAAAGGGCAAAGGGGUGACUUUGGCCAUGUGGGGCAACCUGGUCCCCCAGGAGAGGAUGGUAAGAAGGGAGCCGAAGGACCUCCGGGGCCCACUGGCCAGGCUGGGGAGCCAGGCCCCCGAGGACUGAUCGGCCCUAGAGGCUCCCCUGGUCCCCUGGGACGGCCGGGUGUAGUUGGAAUUGAUGGUGCUCCAGGAGCCAAAGGAAAUGUGGGUCCUCCAGGAGAACCAGGCCCUCCAGGACAGCAGGGAAAUCCCGGGUCCCAGGGACUCCCUGGCCCUCAGGGACCCAUUGGCACUCCUGGGGAGAAGGGUCCCCCUGGAAACCCAGGAAUUCCAGGCAUUCCAGGAUCUGAUGGCCCUCUGGGUCACCCAGGCCAUGAGGGCCCCACGGGAGAGAAAGGGGCCCAGGGUCCACAAGGGUCAGCAGGACCCCCGGGCUAUCCUGGACCUCGGGGUGUGAAGGUUCAUAAGAAAUGUGUGCAUGUGUGGUGA